CGACGCCGCUUGAGCGCACUCGAGCACGCGCGCGCGCAUACGUUCGUUCCCUUCGCGCAAUCUAUAUGGCGAGCUUCGUGAUGUCCGCCGGCGCGACCGCGAGCGGGACCAACGCGCGCGUCUCGACCAACGCGCGCGUCUCCGGCCUCGGAUUCCGUCGCGCGGUCGCGGCGCUUCCGCGAGUCACGUCCGCGCCCGUCGCGAAGUCCGUCGCGCCCUCCGCGGUGGUGACGACGUGCGGCAAGCCCGGGGCGAAGGCGAAGACGAGGAAGAGCGCAGCGAAGCGGUACAAGGUCACCGCGAGCGGCAAGGUUCUUCACCGGCGCCCGGGUAAGCAGCAUCUCAACGGACACAAAACGACGGAGCGUAAGACGCGCUUGAGCGGCGAGCGCCAGGUUGGAAGAGCGCAGAUCCCGCUAGUGAAGGGUUGCCUCCCGUACUUGAAGUCGAAGAUUCGUUGAGGGUUGUGAAGUAGAAGAUUCGCUGAGGGCCACGACGCGGCGAAGGCGCCAUAGCGACGGGUGGGUCGCGUGUUCGCUGUGCCCCAAGAGGGUGGAUGGACGCGCGGCGGCCGGGGCAUGUAAAAAGAUCCAGCCCAAUAUAUUG